AUUGUCUAUAGGGUUCACCGUGCAGGGCCACGUGGGAAAAUUUACUUCAAACCUGAAGAUGUGAAGGCAGCAAUUGUAACUUGUGGUGGGCUUUGUCCUGGUCUUAAUGAUGUUAUCAGACAGAUAGUAAUCACACUCGAAAUCUAUGGAGUGAAAAAGAUUAUUGGGAUCCCUUUUGGUUAUCGUGGCUUUUUCAAUGAGGGAAUACAUGAAAUGCAGCUAUCUCGUAAGGUUGUUCAAAAUAUUCACCUUGCUGGUGGAAGUUUAUUAGGAGUUUCUCGUGGUGGUCCGAAUGUCAGUGACAUUGUCAGCAAUAUGGAGGAAAGAGGAAUCAACAUGCUCUUUAUCUUGGGUGGAAAUGGUACUCAUGCUGGUGCUAAUGCCAUUCACAAUGAGUGUCGUAAGAGACGGAUGAAGGUAGCUGUUGUUGGUGUCCCGAAAACAAUUGACAAUGAUAUUCUUUUGAUGGACAAGACCUUUGGCUUUGAUACUGCUGUUGAAGAAGCACAACGGGCAAUAAAUUCUGCAUAUAUUGAGGCACAUAGUGCGUACCGUGGUAUUGGCAUCGUAAAAUUGAUGGGCCGAAGUAGUGGAUUCAUAGCUAUGCAUGCAUCCCUAGCUAGUGGACAAGUUGAUGUAUGCUUGAUACCGGAGGUACCCUUUCGUUUAAAUGGUCCUCAUGGCGUUUUGAAUCAUCUAAAGUAUCUCCUUGAGUCAAAGGGAUCAGCUGUAGUCUGUGUAGCUGAGGGAGCUGGACAGAAUUUCCUUGAGAAGACUAAUGCUACAGAUCCAUCGGGAAAUAUUAUGCUUGGUGAUAUUGGCGUCCAUAUUCAACAAGAGUCGAAGAAGUAUUUUAAGGAGAUUGGUCUUCCGGCUGAUGUGAAGUAUAUUGACCCCACAUACAUGAUCCGUGCAUGUCGAGCAAAUGCAGCUGAUGGCAUUCUGUGUGCUGUAUUAGGCCAAAAUGCAGUAAGCACCCUUUUGUACACAAUCUUCCUCAUUGUGAAUGCCAAGGAAAUGCUAAAAUUUUAA